GAAAAAGAAAACCACAGAAAGACGGUAGAGAGGGUCGUAUUAUCACUUUUGUAUUUGUGAGUAAAUGAUACGCGUUUAAUUCGAUCAAACAUGAAUCAGGAGAAGUAUCCGCGAUCAUCCAUUGAGGAUGAUUUUAAUUAUGGCACGAACGUCGCGACGGCGAGCGUCCAUAUCCGGAUGGAUUUCCUCCGCAAGGUCUACACCAUCCUGUCACUGCAGAUUAUCGUCACCACUGCUGUAUCUGCCCUUUUCAUGCUCUGUAACCCCAUUAAAAACUUUGUGCACGAAAGUCCCUCGCUGGUUUUGAUAUCUGCUAUCGGGUCCCUUAUCCUGCUCCUUGCCUUGGCUGUGUACCGUCACCAGCACCCCAUCAAUCUUUACUUGCUGCUUGGAUUUACUCUGUUGGAAUCUCUGUCUGUAGCCACUGCGGUGACAUUUUAUGAGUACAGCAUAGUGCUCCAGGCCUUUGUGCUCACGUCUGCUGUGUUCCUGGGUCUCACUGCCUACACUUUCCAGUCUAAAAGAGACUUCAGCAAGCUCGGAGCCAGUCUGUUUGCUGGCCUGUGGAUCUUGAUCAUUGCAAGCUUUAUGAGGCUUUUCUUCUACAAUGACACAAUGGAGUUGGUCUUUGCUGGGGCGGGAGCUCUGCUGUUCUGUGGGUUCAUUAUUUUCGAUACUCACUUGCUGAUGCAUAAGCUGUCACCAGAGGAGCACGUCCUGGCAUCCAUCAACCUGUACCUGGACAUAGUCAACCUGUUCAUCUAUAUCCUGCGCAUCCUCGACUCCAUGAAGAAACACUGAAUGUUUGAUGCUGCUCUUCAAUUUCAGAGGUGAAUUCUGGAUGAAUGAUGGGAAUGGUAUAAAAAUAAUAUUCUUUAAUUUAAUAGAUUCCAUGUACAAUAAAUAAUGUUGUAACUAAUCUAAUAAUGAUAAUAAAAAUGUGUUAUUAAUUAGUAUCCAAAUUAAGCAUUGAAGAUACCUGCAAAAAACGUAUACCACAUAAUAUAAAAUAUUUAUUUGAAUAAAAGUCUUAAAAAAUGCACUGAAUGUAAGACAUUAAUGUCUUUGCAUUGCAGUUCUUUGCAGUGUUCAGAAUUAAUGAAGUAUGUGUGCUAUUCUUCUAAUUGGGCAUUAACAGCAAACUCCUUGGAUUUUGCUUCAUUUCCGCCAUUAGUUGAGAUGAAGCUCCUCAAGACACUCCUAUUGUAUUGUAGUUUCCCAACCAGCUGCAUACUUUCAGCUUGCAAAGCGGUAUAUGUAAUUUAAUGGCCAAAUGUGAAUGUUACAAACCUGAUUGUACAACUUAACUUGAUCUGCUGUGUUGCUGAUUAGAUUUCUGUUUUUAGUCGACUGUAGUGUAACUUGUAAUCCAUGCUGAUUUUUCAUAUUUAAUUGGGUGUUGUUGUGAAUCAGUGUUUAUGGAUUGGGAUGUAUAUGAAGCCUGAGACAUUUUGUUUAAUUUGGGUUUGUAUGUGGGAUCUUAAUGAAUAACUUACAAUAAAUUAUAAUAGAUGGUCUUACUAAAAAAAAAAAAAAACUAGAAUGAAAUCAUACUGCAAAGAUUUUAAAAGGUAGUUAAACAGUUUUAUUUGCAGCAGUUUUUGGUGUCACAAUGUAACAUUCACUAAACAAACAAUGUUAAAGCAGCAUGCAGUCAGUUUCAAAUGUAUCAAAAUAUUUUCCAUUAUGUCAGUCUGCUCAUUUUAAUAAACCAAAAAAUGACAAAAUAAUUGAGAACAUAAUAUUCAGGGACCUCUAUAUGCCUGUAUCCAAAGU